AGAGUGCUUCGCCCAGUAUUUGUGCACGUGACCCAGUAUGGUGGCCACUGCCUUUCAGCUGGAGAGUUAAAAUUUACAGGAAUUUUAGUUUCUCAAUCGCAUCUUUGCUUGAUUGUUUGACCGAGGAUCUUGAGCUCACCAAUCAGUUGAUGACCAAGCCUUUCCUAAUCUUGAAUCCUUAUUUGAGUGUGUACAGAUUGACUGCGUGAAGGACACAGAACUUCUGGACACCUUUUUUCUGGACACCAAUUUUUUCUGAAACUCUCCGUCUCACCUUUUCAAAGCUGAAUUUCUCAUUUGAUUUUAAAAGAUUACAACCUACAUGAAUGCAACGUAAGUCCCAACCAUGGAUGAACAGUACAUUAAAGGUUUCGUGAAAUGAAUUGGUUUCGAAAACGUUCCAAGUCACAAGCAGGUACCAUGGGAACGAGAACAAUGGUAAGCCAAAACUUUCCAACGAAUUGUGGAGUGCAUGACCCAGACACUUGUCUGGAGGUGUUCAAGAGCCACUGGAAACAAACGACGGCCGUCAUAGACAAGAUCGGGGUGACUAAUGCAUCAAGCGGGAAUAAAGUACGCACCACUAUUGAUGACGUGGAGGCGGUUAUUCACUACAUGGAUCAGAUGAUGCUUCUUCUUAUUGAGGAGGGCUCAGACAAUGGACAACAGGGCCCCAUCCUCCAGUACAUGUUGACAGAGAAUGUGAUGGAGCGUAUCAAUACAUGGUGCUGUUAUAGCAGCGAACACCAAGAACGAUUAAAGGUCGAACAACUGAAAAUAUUUGACCUGCUAAUCACAGAAUCUAAGCAGCAGUUACUGGUUCACAAACCUAUCAUACGACCUUUACUCCAUCUAUUGUCCAGAUGUGCGGAACAUUACAAUGUCGACAUAAAAAAUCACAUGAUUCUAUUACUUCAUCAGUUGUGUGUUUGUCUAACCAAGAAUGUUCAGUUAGUGGAGCUUUUCUUCUCUGCCGGGGCUAACCAUGGACCGGCUAAGUUCCUUGUCUUUUCGUUGUUGAUACCAUAUGUGCAUCAUGAGGGUCACAUCGGGCAGCAGGCAAGGGAUGCACUCCUGCUUAUCAUGGCACUAUCUUCUAAGAAUGAGAACAUUGGAAGAUACAUUGCGGAGAAUUCGGACUUCUGCCCGGUGUUGGCCACAGGUCUGAGCGGUUUAUAUUCAUCAUUACCACGGAAACUGGAAAUGCCAACUGAUGACUGGUGCCAAUUGACUAGAGAUGACUGGUGCCUUAUUCCGGAUCUCGUGAUGUUCCUCAAUUCUCUCGAAUUCUGUAAUGCCGUGGUUCAGGUGUCUCAUCCUCUGGUCCGUGAUCAACUGCUCAAGUAUAUUUACAAUGGAUUCCUUGUACCUGUUCUUGGUCCAGCUCUACAUCAGGACUUUGAGCUUGACCUGCAGUUGUACGGAAAGGUGACUGAAAACUCCCUGGAAGAGGUGAUAGCAGCCACCGCAUACCUAGACCUAUUCAUCCGACAGAUCACCGAGCCUGCUCUCAUGCAGACGUUUCUCAAGUUCAUCCUGAUCGAGAAACAUGACGAGAUUGUCAUCCUCGACUCGCUCAUCACCAGGAUCAAUAGCAACUCUCGGUUAUGCAUGGUAUCCUUAGCUCUGUUCAAAACCAUGGUGGAUCUGAACUGUGAAGAAGUCAUGUUUCAACUUGUAUUCAAAUACCUCAUCCCCUGCACACAUGUCAUGGUCAGCCAAAAACGUUCGCUCAAAGAGAUUGACAUCUACAGCAAGACGGCAGAGAAGUUCCUGUCACUGACGCCGGCGUGCUGCCUGCCUGAGUGGAGUGACAGUCCACAGGGAACAAGUACGCCUGGUACUCCUGAUCCCGCAUCAAGUGGUGUGUGGUGUACAUCAGAAAGUAUUAAAACAGUGCAGCCCAAAUGGCUUAAAGGCUUUGGGAACUUAUGUAGCACAGUGUUAGGGGUGCAUCGAAUCAGGACUUCAUCUCAAGCCUCGUCCCCAGAGCAUGGUCACAAGACAGCAUUCCCCCCAGGAAGCUUUGGUAGCAAGUUGGAACAUUACGAGACAAACUAUAUGGAUUACUUGAAGGACUCGCGUGAGCGGGUAUUCCGAUGUGCCAAGUCCUGUCAGUGUUGGUCAGCACCCUAUGACGGUGAAAACCCAUCACCAGAAAGCAUGUGGAAAUCAACUCUAUCGAAUGACAAACUAAAAUCAGUGGAUAGCGUGUUUUUGAACUCGACUGAGAGUACUGGUAGUACUGGUAGUAGUAGUACCAGUGCUACGGGUGCCAAAGGUAUGUCGUUGAAGAGUCAGGAUGUAACCCGGAGGCGUUUUAGUGAUGCGAGUGUUGACAGUUUGAAAAUCCAGUCGCAUGGCCAGAAUGUCGGUGAUUCUAAAAGGAAGAGUAUUGAUAUAUCUGCGAGGACUCUAGCCGGAGGAAUAAGUGCAAUAAAUCUGCCUCAAGAUAAACUGAAGUCUAGUUCGCCAUCUGCAUUGAAAGAUAUUGUACCAAAGACAAAAUCUGGUGAAAACCCAGACGAAUCUGAAAUGCCUUCAAAUAGUAAUAAAAGUGAUGCAAUGCUUCCCAAGGAAGUCGGUAAAAGUAGUGAUGUGCCUACAACACCAUCUGGUGAUAGUGUCAGGACUAGAAGCAGCAGCUGUGUGUCGACGCCAGAUGAUUCUGAUAUGAGUGGGUUCAUCCUUACGCUAAAACGGGUUCGUACGCCCGUGGAAAUCUGUGAUAAUCUUGAGGAUAGUUUCAUUGAGCUGGACUCUCUGAUCGAAGAUCUGAAUAUCCCCGAAAAUAUACGAGAAAGAAGUCUCAGCAAGCGUACUGACUCGGUGUCAUUACCUAACUUUACCCAGUCGAACACAAGUGAUUUAGUCAGGCCGACUGCGGUGAUUGUCAGCGGUCCUGAUGGUGAUAAGCGUGACCGAAGCGUUUCAGUGAAAAGUGACAUGUCUGAUACAUUAUGUGAAUUUGAUACGAAUGCGAGUGCGCAUGAGACGUUGCAGACGAUUCCUCAGCAGCCUUCCUCCACGUCGCGUGAGGCAAGUCCUGAAGCCAGUGCGGCUAUGGCCCAGCCCGUCACAUCUAUGCCAACCAUACCCAAAUCUCUCAUGCCAUUUAUGCAAGACAAACCUUACAAUAUGUGCACUCCUAAUAUUGGUCCGUUCCUGUCUGUGCUGCUCCACAAACUGGACAGCCUUAUGCAGAACACGCUGUAUGUCAACCUACUGCUGACAGGACUGAUCACACGACUCGCCUGUUACCCUCAGUCGCUCCUCCGGUCCUUUCUCCUCAAUCACAGCCUCGUCUUUCAGCCUUCCAUCAAAUCUCUUGUCCAGAUGCUUGGUUCUGUCAAACACAAAAUAGACUGUUUCUCCUACACGGUGGACAACUUUGAGAAUCUCCUACUUCGUGGCCGGCGAUUCCUUGCCUGGCGAGAGAAUGCCCUGACUGAUGAUGCUUAUGAGAAGAUGAAGCCUCGAACUGAGAGCACGGUCAGUCUACCAGCACAGAGGCCAAAAACACCCGUUCAGGAGAUCAAGACAUCUGAAAAGCGAAAAACCAGCAUAAGUGACUUCCUGUUUCGACGGUCGCCGCAAACUGACAAGGACAAGGCAGGGGGCGCCACAGGAAAAUCACGUCUCGAGCGAGUCUCUGGUGGUGGCUACCGCUACAUCAAUUCAAGAACGGCAAACAUUCAGGACAGGCGGAGUGAGGUCGAGUCUCAGAAGACAAAGAACGCAGUUUACGCAGCAAUCGUUUUGGAGGAAUUUCUCAAAGAAUUGGCAGCAAUAUCCCAGGAGCAUUCGGUGCUACAAGCAGACGAUGGUUAUGCAAGCAACUAGCUCGUGGGCUGAUCACACACGAUCGAAUUAUUUUAAAUCCUGACUGAAGGUCUGUGUUUGAAUUUAGUGGUUGACUACUGACCAGAACUAGCAUAUUUAGAAAUGUAGAGCGUGUUUGGCGAGCCUUAAACAUUUGCAGUUCGUUGUGUGUCCAUGAAGCAUUGUUGUACAAUACAUCAGGCUAGCGAAUCAGUUCUGGUCAUUCUGACAAAUUGCCAACUUUCAUCUGGCUUUGCACUGAACAUAUUCAUAAUGACAUGAAUGCAACUUGGGAGACUUAUUUGAAAUUUCUUGCUUCAAUUGUGAAAAAAAAUUUGUGAUGUUGUUGACACUUUGUGUUCAUUCUGUUAGUAUUAUGUUUAUUUUUGAUUUGUUGGUGUACGAGAAUAGAAUGUAGGCCUAGUUAGUGGCAAUUUAGCAUGGAAAUUACUAUAUUAUUUUGCAAUUUUCUUAUGGUAGCUGCAUGCCCUUGCAAUAUUUCUUUAAAUGUCAUUGAAUGAGUAGCAAGCUAGCUUGUGAUUGGCUAAAAUUGAUGAGUCACAUGGCUGAAUGUGGUCUCUUGAAGAUGCUCACACAGCCAUUUCAUGGUGGGUAAAGGUGGAUGAUAAUAAAUACUAAUUAGGAUGAGUCUUAUAUAGCGCCAAAUCCAACUGGUUUCAGUCACCCAAAGCACUUGAUAAAAAUCAUGGUAAUUCUCAUAGGGAUGUCAAGAACACACAACUGACAUAUCCUAAGUUUGUAGAUGAGAAAAACAGCUUGUCAACCAUGUUUGUCUUGUUGAAACAGGUGCUCCAGUUGAAUAUUUAACCCUUUCAGGACGCGUCUCGCAAAAUUGCGAGCACCGCAAUACCUCCGUUCUGGACGAGUCUCGGUUUUCCAGUCAUUUCUAAUGCCGAUCCGCAUUUUUUAACUGCUCGAAGGGGAUUUCCGACAGCCUGGGGAAUACCCUUUCUAUUCAUGCCAACUUCAUAGCGAUUCUUGCAAAGCCGAUACUUUGCUUUCAAAAAGUUUCGAUGUUGGCGAAAAAACUGGAAAAAUAUCCAGUCCAGAGCGGAGGUUUAGGAAAAAGAUAUUCAAUCCUGAAAGGGUUAACAAAAAGCUCAAUUAAAGCUUCAUGUGGAAGGGUUUGAUGGAAAUUUAGUGACAUCAGCGAGGUGUUGGAUAUCUCAACAUAGACCCGACGCUGAUGGUUCAAUUUCAAUUGAUUUAUUUCUAAAACACCACCAGAACAGUGAAUAUCAGAUUAUCUGCCAUUAGAACGAGGCUGAUGGAUUUUUUCCCAUUGAUAUCAUAUUUAGAGAUACCUACAUGUAUAGAUAUUUGCAUAAAAGCUCACCGUGAAAAAAGCUAUGCUUGAUGUACUAUAGCAGGAUUGAUUUGAAGGAAUGAUUGAUUUUGUUCUGGUUAUGUGGUAUAUGGUUUUGUAUUUUAGCUGCUCAACUAUUUUAAUCUCAAACUAAUUGCAUAGUAGCCUUCAAAAAGACUUGCUUUCCUGUACAUGUGAUUUAAGUAUGUUACUGUAUCUGUUGGUUUUUUCGGUGGCAAUGAGGAUCAAAUGAUGUUUGAAAGGGACUGAGCAUAAUUGGAGAAAAUGUCAAAUUUUUGGCUUGUUUGUUGUAAGCUCUUGCCAAUACCCAAUACAGUAGAACCUCUCUAAUAAAGACACCAUCCAGACUGACAAGUGCUGUCCUUAAUAGAGAAGUGUCCUGAUAUAAAGAGAGGUCAAAUUGAAUGGAAACCGUCAAUUUCUGACCAAACCUAGUGUCCUUGAUAGAGAGGUUGUCCUUAGUAGAGAGGUGUCCGCUAAGGGAGGUUCCACUGUAUUUCGAGCCAAAAAGACAUUUUGUUUUAAUAUUCACUUGAUAACAAAUAACAUGGAGAAAGAUCUAAACAGUUAUGUGGACAAUACUGUUAAGGGUUCGUAUAAAACGAGUAAAAAUAUAUUCAAACCUACCAGGAUACGUUGCAAUACAAUCUCCUAUGUGACCUGUCACAGCAAAACCAGGCGCAUGUCGCACAGAAGAUGAGCCUAAAUAACACCAGGAGAUAAUGGAAGAUAUUGAUGUGCUCAUUUCACAAAAGGCAGACAAUAGAGAAAUGAAUAAACAGUCCGUCUCAACCUGCCAAGCUCAGAGCGACAUGUGCCUGGUUUUGCUGUGACGGGUCACAUAUAUGUGGUUCAUGGUCUCUAGCAAUCCAGACCAAAAGUAGGAUUUUAUUCUGAUUCGAGGCAGAAUUGAGCAAACUGGGUUAAUCACAUUCGUGAUCUGCGAUCAGAUUAAGUGCCAUCUAUUGCAAUCUUUUGUGAGGAGGCAAAGACCCUGGUGGGUCAAGAUGCUGCUUUUUAUGAUGAUGAUGAUGAUGAUGUAUUCAGAUAUACCCUAUUAUACCAUCAAGUCAUGUUAACAUCUUUGACCUAUGACCACAAGUAAUCAUUUUAUGUAGUUUUUUAAUCUACACUAAUUUGUUAAAAUCUAAUUCUUUUAUUUUUUAUCUCCUGAGAUAAGCAAACACUGUACUUGCUAUGAUUGGUCAUCACAAUGCCUUUAACUUUGGCGAUGGAUGCAUGUAUCAGUCCACCUGAGGCCAGGAAAUAAAAGAAGGUUCAGGUCAGAUCAGGAUGCAUUUUGAGGCUGUCCCUCCUCAGUUACCGGUAAUAUUUUGAGACUUAUUCAGAUGCUCCGAAUUUCUCUUCGGGUAGUUGUAUUGUAGUUAUGUUGUUAUUAUAUUUUUGCUGCUUUAAACAUGUAUUUAGCCUUUUCUACUUUCUUCUCACUGUUAUUCCAUCCAAACCCUGGAGAUUAUCUAAAUUCUCAUUUUUCAUGUCUUCGUUCAAUUCGUUGAUCCGUCUAUCUUUACUGUUAGAGGGUUGGAUAUUUAUUUUGUCAACUCCUGUUAGGAAAUUACUUCUUUAUAUGCCAAAAAAUAAGAAAUACUUUGUAACUGUCAUCACUGUUUGGAAUAUUCUGCAGUGUUCUCCAUAAGAGAGCAUUUUUUUGCUGUUCUUAAUCGGCAAUGUGGAGCAUAAAUACCCAUUCCAAACACGGAAUUUCUUGUGUUUAUCGAAAAACUGUUUCCUUCCGGAAUGAGUUUGGCAGUUAUUAAGUAAUGGGAAUUUGCAGUCACUUCAGUCAGAGUUUGGCAAUGAAAGAGUUAUUUUUAAUGAUCUGAAAAAUUCAAAUAAUUGUAAUUAAACAAUACAGGUUUUAAAAAGGGUCACACUCUUCAAUGGCCACAAAAAUAUGUUCUUUUUUGAUGUAGUUAUAAAUGAAUUAAUUGGAACAUACUUGGCUUCUCAAUCUUUCCUGUAUUUCUGAGUACGAUAGCCAUCUUUUUUUUCAGCGGGUGACUGCUUAAUUCAGUUUAUUAUUAACUUUUGAUUCUGCAUGAAACUGGUUUUAUUUUAUCGUUUUAUCAUGGUACGUCAUGUAUUAUUUGUUAGACUGUAAAAUGUAAAUGUCAACUACUGAAUAUUUGUUUGCUUUGAAAAUAUAUUAGCUAGCUUCCAUCCUGUGCUCGGUUCUUACAGUCCAAAUCACAAUUGACAUCCGUCCUGCUUCGCGUCAGUGACAAGCAACAUACGCAUGAGUUCUUCGCCACCGACGCACCAGUGACGCGCUUAUCUCUAUGUUUCGCGCAAAUUACGCUCGGCCUACGCACAACCUACGCACUGGGUGGCAUGUCAAUGACGCGAUUUACGGGAUGUCAUUUGUGAUUUGGACUGUAAUCGGCUUAAUGCUAGUAAAGAUAUUUUUUUACUUCUGUCAAUUAUCAUGAAUGUCAUGAAUUUGUUUGUGCGCUGUGGGUGUCCAUACUUCAUAAUAACUAGUAACUAGAAAAAACAGAUGUUUAUAUCCUAAAGUUCACUGAGCGGUCUUGCGAAAUUUUUCACAUCGCUCUGAUUUCAUUGAUAAAUCUUGUUGGAUUUUAUGGUACCUACUUCUGAUGAAUCUUGACAUGAAGUCGCAAAGCUUUAAAAUAUUUAAAGCCUCAUUCUGACCAUGACGCUGAAUAAGAAAAUCCUGACAUACGCAGAAUAGGAGAGCCAUGCUGAAUGUAUUGGAAGACAUGGUACGACUCCCCAUGGCAAUCGACUGUCUUCAAUCUAUGCGACGUCAAGUGCUGAGACGCGUACAAUUUUUGUGUUCCUGAGUUUCCUAUUCUGUUUAUUUUGGCUUUUUCUUUGAGCAGAAAUGGCCAGAAAGAAGUUUUUGAUGGAUUAAAGCUACUCGACAUUAGGUAAAGAUUCCUUUCAGGUAGGCCUUUAAAGAAACCACGAUAAUUAUAGAAAUGAGAGGCUUUCUGAACAGCGUUAAAGCGAUCUUAGUACAAGCAAUACAAUGCCCUUACCGCACCUCAGUCAGUAUCAACACAAUUGAUGCACCAUCUAGUCUUGCGUGAGUUUCUGAUUGGAACCCUAUUACUGGCUCUAUUGUCCACAUGUUCAUCAGGCCGUAUCUCGCUAACUGAUCUGCGCCAGACUUAUAAACAGGAUAUGAGAAGGUUGAUUUUCACUGCCCGAAACAAUGUAAGAACUAGACAGAUACGUUAGUCGUGUGAAAUCAAUCAAUCAAUCGAUCAAUCAGUCAAUAUUGGCAUUUGUAAAGCGCUCUAAUUACUCGGCAGCUGGGUAUUCUAGAGCACUUUCUCUCCCGAAGGCAGCUGCUUAUAGGUGGGCCGUUAAGCCGUACGCUGUUCGUUAAAAAUGUUGAAUUUGUAAUUGAAUUAAAAAAUUCCAAUUGCGGAAAUACAUACCAAAUACAAAUUUUGUAGACUGAUAUACAAAUACUAUGAAUACCAGGUUUCAACAAAUUUGUAUUCACAAUAACUGCAGUACGACAUUGUGUAUUAGUGGAUUUCUAUGUAACUGGACCACAAGUAAUUACGAAUGGUGUACCCCUUUAAGGAAGGACUGAAAGUCUGGAGGGAAUCGGUGUUUUAAAGGCUUGACGGCAAUUAGUUCCACAGUUUUGGAGCAGCUGCCAUGAAGGAACGACUACCAAGAGUUUGGCACCUAGGUUCCUCAAGGAACAUCGCAGAUUCAGAUCUGAAGCCUUGGCAAUCGAUCCUUCUGAAUUGAAUCAUGGAUCUGAGAUCCCCUUUAACCACAUGUCAGCAGUGAAUGAAUAAAAUGCCAUGCUCAUGGAUGACUGCCAACAUAUCAAAACACAACAUGAUCGCCAUGUCUGUCACCACAAUGGAUGAAAUCGGCUCUCAAGUGGAUAAGACGUGCGGACAUUAUGUGAAUGCAAGGACUACCUGUCCUCACUCGUAUUGUAUCGGUCAAUGUCCCAAGUUUUUAAAUGCUAACAUUACUGUACAAAUUCACUCAAUGAUUCUUGUAUAUAACGAGGUAUUCGAAUAAUUAUGCACCUGAUCUUAUGUCAAGGAAAAUGCUGCUGUAUUUCUAGAGGGGAUAUUGGCUAAUUAUGCACCAAAACAUGCAUACAUAGUGAAUCUGCCUUAUAAAAUGGAUUGAUAUAGGAAUGUCGUUUUAUUGUUAGUUUCAAUGUCAUUUUACAAGUUUUAAAUUUUGUGAUGCUAUGUAUGUGUUGCCUAUUUCUCAGUAUUGAGAAUAUGCUACUCUAUUGUACGUGCUAUAUCGUUCUCCCAAAGUUCCAGCAUUUCAAGCGGAUAACAAAAUUAGGAUUAGAUUAGAUAUUGGGUGAUGGAUGUACUCUUCAGUGAAGAUAGUGUGUUUCCACCCCUUGGACGGUGAAUGGAGGAGUCUAAGAAAAAAUCGGGAGGUGUUUUGUUACCCAACACACCAAAUCAGACAGCAAUCACUGGCAAUAUGAGAUUCUGUCAGUUCUGAUCCACUUGCAGAUUAUGAGAUAAUAAGGCUUUUAAACGCCACAACAGAGUAUGCUAUCAGUCAGCUUCAGCAAUCAUUCAAAUAAAAAAUAACAUCUUAGAGCAAUUUUUGUGAAGUCCUUAUAAAGAAAAUGGCUAUUGUAUUGUAAUAAAAAAACAUUAUUUUCUGCAGACAUUAUUGACAUUGUUGUUAUCUCGGACAUCUUCAUUACUAAUUCCCAAGGCACAACAGUGGUAACAAAGAUGGGAGUGGUAUCACAAUGUUGCAUGUAACCUAAGCUAUAUGAGCGGGUGUGUGGAUACUCCAUAUACCAGAAAUGUGACUUGCGACCCAUUUUGGUGUGAUGGAAUUGGGAAAAAGUACAGAACCCAAAUGUGUCUUCAAUGAGAUCUUGUUGGUGAAUGAACCACAUACACUAUGGUCUUGUCAAAGAUGUUGAGAGAUCUUGAAAAUCGCUCUCUAAUUCAUAAUUAUUAUUAUACCCCCGCCAACGAGUUGGUGGGGGUAUACUGUUUUGCACUCGUCCGUGCGUCCGUCCGUCUGUCCGGAGUGAUUGAAUGAAAACCACUGCAUGGAACAAAUAUGUUUUUAUUGUGGAAACUCACCAUGAGUGGGAGGUCGCAUGGUAUGGUAUUCAAUGUCGUCACGCAUCCAAUAUGGCUUCAAGGGCUGCCAUCUUGAUUUUUGUGGCGACGCCCAUUUUCAUUUCGGCUCAUUUAAAAGAGAACCAGGGCACCCAUUCAUCUCGUAUUUCUAGGGAAGGUUCGUACCAGGUUGCCGAUGGCCAAUAUGGCCGCCAGGGGCAGCCAUCUUGAUUUUCGUUUCCGCUCAUUUAAAAGAGAACCAGUGCGCCCAUUGAUCCGAUAUUUCUAGGGAAGGUUCGUACCAGGUUGCCAAUUCACAAAACCUUUGCUUGCAAAAACUCUCGCCCAUGAAAAAAAUCACCUCUAGCCUCAAAAACAUCUUUUCACCUAGCCACGACCACUGCUAUACUCCCACGGCGGGGGUAUCAUGAGUGAUUGCUCGCAAUCACUGUAUUUCUAGUUUCUGAUGGUUUUAAAUGAAACCUACCUCAAAUGAAUCUUCCUAGUUUGUCCCAGUGUUCUAUUCUAUUCCAAAGUUUGUAUUGACCACAACCACUCCAAAAUAAGGCCAAAUGUAACCGCAUAGGAAAAAAUUUUCUACACAAAAUUUGUACAGGCUUUGAGAGCCAGAGCCUAAUGACGUCGUCAACAAUGAGAUUUUCAUUGUUGAUGACUUGUCUGCCAGUGCAUUUAAUUGCAUAUAGCACAGGAAACGUAUCUUUCUGCAAAGUCAACAUUUCUGGUGCGGUUGUAGUCAUGGUAAAGUUUUGAAUGGAUUAAAACGUAGGGACAAGCUGGGAAGAUUCAUUUGAGGUAGGUUUCAUUUAAAUAUAAAUAUGCAAUUGUGAAUUAGACAGCGAUUUUCAAGAUUUCUGAACGUCUUGGACAAGACUAUAAUGAUUUAGCAUUUGAUAAGCUCUUUUACUGCUUGAAGGUUACAGCUGUAACUGAAUUUGGCCUUGUUUGGGUAUAGUUCUUGUUUCUUGGUAUUGUUGUACUACAUGUAGUUAGCUCAGAUAGAUGAGCUGCUUUCCCCACGUCAUGUCCAUUGUCGGUUGUUGUCGUCCGUCCCUGAACAAUGGUAUCUAGAAUGUUCAAAUUUGGUGUGUGGAUGUCUUUCAGGCCAACCGCUUUCAACCUUGAUGAUGAUGAUAUAACAUGCCUUGACGUACAUGUGCAAAAAAUCAUCACAAUUUUAUCUACUUUCUGGACUAUUUUGAAAGUCUCAUUUUGUCAAUAUCUCAUGAAAUCAUGAAAUUUUUACUGUGGGUACUUCUAAUGAGGCAUUGAGAAAUGAUAUUCAGGGUUUUGGGUGGAUGUACUUCAAGGUCACAUUGGUUAAACUCUGAAAUUUCACCAAUAGUGCCAUGUUUGUCAUUAUUUGUCCCAGAAACUUUAAAUUUGGUAUGUUGACACCUGUGAAAGCUUCUUUAUAUCGUAACAAAACAGUAGGUCACUGUAACAUACUGUAAUCAAUCAUAGGACUUUAUUCAAAACUAGAGGAAGUCAUGAAAUGUUCAAUAUGUUGAAUCUAACAGAUCCAUGUUAGCCUAAUAAUAUCCCUAGGUAUAUAUCACUCUAAACUGUUUAGGAUUGAGGGUAUAUUCUAUCACUCGAAAUCUAGACAUCUUCCAGCAAGAGAUGUUUUGUAGUGGUAGUCUACUUGGUUAUAAAAGUUUGUAAGUUCUGUUCCAUUUUCUCUUCAAUACUUUGUCUGUAUGAUUGAGUUCCUUGUUCAAUGCGAUGGAAGCGGUUCAGUGAUUGCCUGGUUAAUUGAUGAUUACCCCAACUAACUAACUAUUCAGCCAUUGUUCUAUAAUCUUACGAAUAAGUGAUCCUUUGGUUACUUGUACUUUUCAUCAACCGCCAAAUUAAAAAGAUGCAGUAACUGUAUGAAACGAUAAUGGUGCACUAUAUUGUAAAUCUAGAAAAUAAACUUUUGGGUUAUGGAAGUAAAA